AUGCAUGGCUUUAUCAGUGAUAUGAAAUGGUUCCCAUAUGAAAUCACAAUUACAGAGGAAUGUAGAAUGUAUAACUGUUACAGAAUCACUCUGCUAUUUAUAGAUGAAUUAGGACUUAAGGUGUUCCAGUAUUCACAUACUUGGGAAGAGCUGACCCUGGUGAUCAUCUAUCCUCUACGACAGCCUGUGGAGGGUGCCUUGGUUUUUUGUUACUAUCUUUCUGAUGGUUACAUUUUGGUGACCUCUGCUGACCUCCCUAGCAUUCCUGUUUGCCAUCACAUAGGUGGAGAGGUUGCAAGAGGUACUGAAGGCAGCUACGUGAAUAAACAUUUCCGUAUGGGAUUUAUGACCAUGCCUGCACCACAGGACAGGCUACCACAUCCGUGCUCCAGUGGAUUUUCAGUCCGUUCUCAGUCACUACAUUCUGUUGGUGGUACUGACGAAGAUAGUAGCUGCGGUUCUAGAAAACAACCACCCCCGAAACCGAAAAGAGACCCAAACACAAAGCUAAGCAUUUCGUCUGAGACUGUCAACACUGGUACACUAGGCAAAAGUCUAAAAUUCACAGACCGGACAGAUGUGUCGGCAAAGCAAAGGCCACAUAGUGAUGAAUAUACAAAGAAAAUUCCACCUCCAAAGCCGAAACGAAACCCAAACACUCACCUUAGCACAUCAUUUGAUGAGACUUACAUCAGAAAACAUGGCCGAAUGAAAAGUACUUUGUUUAGGGAAGCUUCUUCAUCUCAGCUCAGCUACACUGCUCUAAACACAGGGGAUGAGGAGCCAGUUUACAUAGAAAUGGUUGGAAAUAUACUUAGAGACUUUAAAAGGGACGAGGAAGAUCAAUGUGAAGCAGUGUAUGAAGAAAUGAAAUACCCUAUAUUUGAUGAUGUAGGACAAGAUUCUAGGUGUCUUUAUGAUUUAGAUCAUAUUAGUUGCACUUCUCAGUGUGCUACUCCCACAGUGCCUGACUUAGAAUUUACCAAGUCCUCAGUGCCAUCUACUCCUAAAGGCCAGACCUGCGACAUACCCCCUCCAUUCCCAAAUUUACUUUCUCAAAGACCUCCCUUAUUGGUGUUCCCACCAGCACCAGCACAGUGUUCACCAAAUUCAGAUGAAUCUCCUUUGACUCCACUUGAAGUUGCUAAACUUCCUGUAUUGGAAAAUGUGUCUUACAUCAAGCAACAAGCUGGUGCUUCAACGUCAACACUACCAGCUCAUAUGCCAGGACAUCAGAAAAUGGAAAAAGAGCAGGUAGUUGUGUCACAUGGAACUGCCCCAUCUGGACAUUCAUCAUCACCCCCACAUUCUUCCACCAUGUAUAGAACACAGUCACCUCAUGGUUACCCUAAAUGUCAUUCUGCUUCUCCCUCUCCUGUGAGCAUGGGUAGGUCACUCACUCCUCUAAGCCUCAAAAGACCGCCACCCUAUGAUUCUGUGCAUUCAGGAAGUCUCUCAAGAAACUCUCCAUCAGUGCCUCAUUCAAUGGUUAGAAACAUAUCACAAGAAGGGAAAUCAAUGAAUGCAUCAUCCAGUACAUACAGUUCAUCUCAAAGCAGCUCACGUUCCAGAACACCAACAAGUCCCCUUGAAGAAUUAUCCAGCCUCUUUACCUCAGGAAGGAGCCUGUUGAGGAAGCAGUCUAGUGGAAGACGAUCUAAAGAACCAUCCGAAAAAUCAACAGAUGAAAUUAAGGUUAGAAGCCACAGUACAGAACCAUUACCAAAGCUGGAAAACAAAGAACGAGCCGGUCCACAUUCAUCACCUUCCACAAGAGAGUCUGUAAAAUCUCAGGAAUGGGAUGGAACACCAGGCCCAACUCUUGUCACCAGCAGACUUGGAAGAUCAUCUGUUAGUCCUACUAUGUUAGCAGGAAAUAACAGCUCAGAAAUGAAAAUCAGCUGCAAAUUAGGUCGAUCUGCUUCCACUUCAGGUGUGCCUCCUCCUUCAGUUACUCCCCUCAGGCAAGCCAGCGAGCAACCGCAGAGCCAGGUACCAACGUUACCCAAUAGUGAAUGACGUCAUGUGAUGCAACAUACCAAAUACUUUCCACUUCUCUGUCUGUCACCUGUUGCCGUAUGCUCUCUGUGUGUCUGUCUUCGUUUAGUUAAGUCUGUGCUUGUCAUGAGCAAACAAAGUCAUCUGCUUAAUGAACCGUGGAGCUUUGUUUAUCUCAGUUAUGU